AGGAAGCUCUAGCCGGAAUAGCGAAAUAUCGGUGCUCGUAGGUUCAGCGCCUGAAUAAGCACAGCACGGCCCGGUAAUCUGUCACUGUAACCCAGUCAUGUCUGCUUACGCGGUAUCCGGGUUUUUUUCCGGCCCGGAGUUGCUUGAGGAUCCGGCCCACGCUUCGGCGCUGCUGGCGCAACUGAAAGCUUUUUACGAUGCGCGGCUGCUUUGCGAUGUCACCAUCCGUGUCCUGGGAGGAGGCCCCGCAGAACCCGGGGGAGGAGGCCUAGAAAGCGGCCGAACCUUCACCUGCAACCGCAACGUGCUGUCUGCUGCCUGCCCCUACUUCAAGAGCAUGUUCACAGGAGGCCUGUAUGAGAGCAAGCAGCAGCAGGUCACCCUUCACGACAUGGACCCUGAGUCCAUGGCCCUUAUUAUCGACUACUGCUACACAGGCAAAGUGACUGUGACAGAGGCCAAUGUGCAGCGGCUCUAUGCUGCUGCCGAUAUGCUCCAGCUGGAGUACGUGCGCCAGGCGUGUGCCGGCUACCUGGCUCGCCGUCUUGACCUACACAACUGCGCCAGUAUUUUGCGCUUUGCUGACGCCUUUGACCACCCAGAGCUUAGAUCCCGCUCUCUGGCCUUCAUGGCAAGACACUUUGAGCAGUUGUCUGUUGGAGAUGAGCUUUGUGAGCUGAGCCUGGCGCAGCUGAAGGAAGUGCUCACAAUGGAUAACCUAGAUGUGGCUAGUGAGAGAGUGGUGUGCGCUGCUGCUUUGCGUUGGUUGGAGGCCAGUCCCAAAGACAGGGCAAGUUCGUGUUUGGAGGUGCUACGCUGUGUGCGAUGGCAACACUUUACCGAGAAAGACUGUGUCUAUCUGGAAGGCCUGAGGUCCAAGCCAUUUCUACGCAAACAUUGCUUGCAGUAUUUGGAUGCAGUGCUGCAGGAUAAAGAUGGCAAAUUUGCCUCCCCUGCCCUACCUUGUCAAGAGGGAAGUCCGCUGCGUAGGAUUGGCAUGCUGGCUAAGGAGAUGGUGAUUUUCUUUGGGCACCGCAAAGAGCCUUUCCUGUGUUAUGAUCCUUAUUCAGGCGACAUAUACACAAUGCCAUCUCCACUCACAAAUUUAGCCCAUGGAAAAGCCGUGACUUCCUCUGCUGUGUGUGUCUCGCCAGAGAAUGACUUGUACUUAGCCACGCAACCUAUGAAGCAACUGUGGGUGUAUAGCGCUGUACAGAACAGCUGGCAGCUCUUGGCAGAAAGACUGUUGUGUAGGGAAGGCAUGGAUGUUGCCUACCUGAAUGGUUAUGUCUAUAUUGUUGGGGGUCGCGACCCAUCUACAGGUGCUAAAAUUAAAGAUGUGGAGUGCUACAGUGUGCAGAGGAACCAGUGGGUGCUAGUAGCUCCACUCCCUCACUCCUUCUAUUCCUUUGAGUUGGUGACCGUCAACGACCACUUGUAUGCGGUCAGUAACAAAAGGAUGCUGUGCUAUGAUCCUGCUUGCAACCAGUGGCUGAACUGUGCCUCUCUAAAACGUUGUGAUUUCCAGGAAGCCUGUGUUUUCAAUGACGAAAUAUACUGUAUUUGCGACAUCCCUGUGGUGAAAGUCUACAACCCUGCUCGGGGAGAAUGGAGGCGGAUAUGCCCGAUCCCGACGGAAGGAAACACAAAUAAUUACCAGAUUGUACGUCAUGGCUCCAAACUCUUGCUCAUCACCUGUACCACUGUGCAAUGGAAGAAGAACCGUGUAACUGUGCAUGAGUAUGAUGUCACUAAUGACCGCUGGAUAAAUAUUGGCACCAUGCUUGGUCUUCUACAUUAUGAUUGUGGUUCCAUCUGCCUGUCUGCCCGUGUGUAUCCAUCCUGCAUGGAACCAGGGCAGAGUUUCAUUACAGAAGAAGAUGAUGUUCGCAGUGAGUCUAGCACUGACUGGAUGGAUGGGUUCAGUGAGUUGGACUCUGAAUCUGACAGCCUCAGUUCUUUCUCAGAAGACGAGUGGCCAAGAGUCUCUGUAGCGAGGCAUCGGAUAUACGUAGAGGGUUCCUUCUAAUUGCAUUGACAUUGUGUACUAUAAAACACAAAUGCUAUUUUGUAUAUUUUUCUUUGGUGGGCCGUUUCUGGGUUCCUGGGGCAAACUCUGUCUCUGAAAAUGAACACACCAGGCUUCCUGUUGUUCCUUUUAUAAACAUCGCCUAUUCUUCAAAGAUAAACCCCAGCAAUGUUUAAAAAAAAAAAAGACGCACAAGAUUCUGAAGGGUUGCCUGCUGUAUAGUUGUUUUGUGGUGCAAAUAUCGGUGUAUGUUUAAUACUAAUCUAUAUAGAUAGAGCUCAGUAUUUGUAGUUUUUGCGUUACAGAAGAUCAGUUUAUCAUCGUUCCACUGACUUUGCCAACAAUAAAUCAAGAAAGUGUAUUGCGCCACUUGGUAUCUAUUCUGUCUUAAUUUGAAUGUUUUUUUUUUUACAAUAGAACACAGGAAGCAGGUUGUAAUAUGUAAAUGUCAGGUUUAGUUAUUUAAAAUCAGCACAUUUUGGUAUAUCACUAAUUCUACUGGCGAUAAAUAUCUAACCAGGCUUCAUCACCUUUACACAGAAAUUGAAUGUUGAAUUUCUGGCUGUGUAUUCUGGUAAUUUUGGGUGAUUACACAGCAGGAAAUCAAGGCCAAAAAUAAAACCUGUUGGGCUGCAAAUUUCUGUUUGACACGUGUAGUGUUUUUAAAUUUUCCAUAUUGUUACUUUGCAAAUCCAGUUGUCCUUAAAUCGUAGUAUACUAGUCCAGAAGUGUGAUUGGUAUCCUUUAAAUGCACCUUUUUAGUUAAUAUUCUUGAAUCAAACAGGUUAUAUUGUAUAUAUUGUAGGAAAAACAUUGCUAUGUAGAUAUAACUCUGGUGCUGUAUUUGAGGUUUCUUUUCCCGUGUUGUAGGUAUCAUUGCCCAGUGACCCAUUGGGAUAUAUUUCUAAAGAUGGAUAGACAAAAAAAAAAUACUAACGAGAUACUGAUGGUGAAUACUAUAUAAAUGAUUACUGAUGUAAUAAAAGAUGACAAAACUUUUUGAGAUAGCUCUAUGCAAACACCGCAUGGAGAGCAGAAAAGACUCAUUUGGCAUUAUUGCCAUGUUGUUUGGAGGAGGGGGGUUUGUGCCUUUACUUAUAACAAAAAGUUUGGUUCACCCUAAAAUCUGUUUCUGUUGCCUUUAAUAGAAAAUGGGUGUUUUUAAGGUAUAAACAGACCAAUUUUUUAAAUGUUCUAAAUUACAUACAUAAGCCAAUAUAAGCAUUUGAAACUUUUAUGUGAAGCUAAUCAACUGUAAUGUAUAUCAUUUGCUGUGUUUAAUUUGUUGUGAAAAAUAGCAACACAUAAAAGCCAGAAACAUGGAUUGUUCAGUUUAAAUGUGCAGCAUGUUGUGUGUUCAUUUUCAGAUUAAAAAAAGUUUCACCAA